AUGCGCCAGAGACAAGCUGCGCGGCGCCUUUGGCCCAUCAUCGUGGCGUCGACCCUGGGCCUGAUCGCCUAUGGUGGUUUCUGCGCACAGAACAGGUUUCGGACUCAGCUGGCUGAGCUACCAUCCAAAUACGUUUCAGCCCAGCCGUCGAAGACUGGUCCUUCGACAGUCACAAAGGGCAACUUCAACAACCUUCAUCUGACUGAGGAGCAGUGUCAAGUCACAUUUCCUGGUCUGACGAAAGAGAUAGAUGUGGCUGUGUUAGAGGGCGAAUUCCAGCUUGGCCUCGGCGAUAUCUCUGCGUCGCUACUGGGACAGAUCACGGACAACAGGAUACUGAUCCUGCAAGCUCCAAGACCGGUGGACAUGUCAGACCAGUGGCUAGAGCGCAACAACAUAUGGAAGCAAUGGCUUACAUGUAUUAAGCGGCAAAACGCCGCCCUCCACCAGAUAAACCGAGCUCUUUCAACCUCGCCGGCCCCUCUUCCCGACACGUUCUUCAAUCUCUACAUCCAAGAUACUCCCGUAUCUCGUUCCUGGUCCCAUAGCCGACCUGCCAUGUCUCCUUCUCCAAGACACAUCUUCACCAUCCCUCAUUUCUCCUUUUGGGCAUGGAACCAGCCCUUCAUCCGCUCCAUCUCCCACGCGGCUGCUGCCAUAACCGACCUCGAAGCUGGUCUCCCCUUCGACAUGAAAGACCGCCGUGCGGUGUGGCGGGGAACUACUUGGUUCAACAACGGCGCCAGUGAAAACCCCAGGUCACGGCAAGAGCUUUUGAGGAUCACCAAGGAUGCCCAAUGGGCGGACGUGCAGGCGUUGGAGUGGGUAAGCAAUGGGGAAAACGCAACUAAUGCGCUCAGGAUCGAAGACUUUUGCCGGCACAAGUACAUCAUUCAUACAGAAGGGGUGUCGUAUUCUGGUCGCCUGCAGUUUCACCAGCUGUGUGAAAGUGUACUCUUGAGUCCACCCAUAGAGUGGAUGCAACACACGACACACCUCAUUAAGCCCGUGUACUCAAGCGUGUUGCUGGGUCAACACCAGAAGACAAACGCCAACGGCGCCGCGACGACGAAGCCUCAAAGCGGUUACCCAUCUGCGAGGGCAAGGGAGACAUGGCCUGCGACGGUCGGCCCCGGCGAAGCCAAUGCCGUUUUUGUCAACCCAGAUUGGUCCGACCUCGAAGCGACGAUCGGCUGGUUGGAGGACAACGCCGAGGUGGCUCGUGGCAUUGCUCGCCGACAGCGGGCCCUCUUCUUCGAGCGUGGGUACUUGAGCCCGGCCGCUGAGGUUUGCUACUGGCGGGCACUUAUCAGAGGCUGGAGUCAGGUCGUGCGUACCAACGAUGCCAUCCAGAAGAACGGUGGAUCUGUUAGCUUUGAGGAGUUCGUCACCAAGACAGAAGGAGUCCGGGAGAGGCACUGA